CACAGAGAUGCCCAGGCCAACGAGAGGUCAGGGAUAUAGCAGAGGGGUCUUGCUGAGGGCCAGCGGGCGAGGAGGGGCUGGGGUGCGGGAGGCUCACGCAGGGGAGUACCCGGCGGGCCAGGGCGGCCUGCCCCAGGCCCUCUGGUAGUGGGAUUGAGGGUGGACUUGGGGACAGUCCUACCAGCAGCCCCAGGUUGGGACGCUCUCCGACCCAUGGCUUGGGUGGUGCCAGUUUCUUCACACGCUGCCUUAUUAAAAAAUAGCCUCUUAAUCACUAGGGGUCUGGCAGCAAAGGACUGUCCUCAUUCCCAGCCCAGAAGUUCACCAUGUGGACGGCAGGGAACAGAGAAGCCCCAGCCACGGUGGACCGCUGUGUGGGCUGGAGAGGCGGAUGCAGGGGCCUGUCCUGGGGCCCGUGCCCUGCGGAAGAAAGAGGAGGGCCCCAGGGGGCGUGCACGUUCUGUUCACCCGCCCCCAUCCCGGGCCCAGCCCGCAGCCUGUGAGGGCCAGCUACAUCCCUGAUGGGAAUGUUUCCUCAAAUGACCUUUCUGCUGCUAAGAGAACGCGGCAGCCAGCCGACCCCAGCCGUGGGCAGGCUCGGAGACUCCGCUGAAAGGGGCCACUUGGCUUGUGAGUUGGGCUGAGUCUCUUUCCCAAACCGGAUUUGGCUGGAGGAGCUGUGCCAGGCGGGGCCUUGUCUCGCGGCAGCCGCCGUUCCCCGGGCGCCCUGAGACUUCGCUCCAGAGCCCGGUCUCACGGCUCCCUGGCGGCUGCCAUGGCACUUGCCUCUCCAGGGGGGCUUGUGUUGCCGGGAGCUGCCGGUCAGCGGACGUGUGCACACCGGGCUCGCACUGCAGGCGGCUCUGAGCCUGCGGCAUUGCCUGUGGGCGCGGGCGCGAGGCCAACGCGCGGCUCGGCCGGUCUGUGCUCAGGAGCCCCCUCCUCACCUGCUGCGGUCCAAGGGCCGCCGUCCCGCCGCCCUCCAUCCCGCCGCCCCGCCGCCCUGCCGUCCCAGCCCUCUGUCCUCUCUCCGCCCGUUUGCCUUCAUCCUGUCCGGCGCCCGCCCUCGAGGGAGAGACAGAACCGGGGCAGGGCUCUCUGUAAAGUGACCGUUCCCGCAUGUAUGACCCUGUGGUGUCCUCUCCACCGUGUCCUUGCCUAUGGCGCGGUUCUCGGUGGAGUAGCCUUGUUUGCAUGGAGCCCUCUGUGCUUGUGUGGGUGAAGGGCCCAGUCGCGUGGCCUCUGGGGAUGUCCCCGGGCCCCGACUCCCCCCACGUCCUCUCCCUCAUACCCACACAUCUCUCUGGGACCGGCCCCAGGGGGCGGGUGCAGUUCCCCGCUCUGCCUCUGGGGGCGCCCGUGGUCCUUGGAUGGCAUCUCCGGUCCCUCCCGGCUGGUGCGCAGGAGUGCUGGCCCACGUCUCCAUCUGGCCAGUGGUUAAAGCCCCAUCUUGUUCUUUUUCUUGAACACAGGGUUGGACCCUGCAGCUGUGGGCAUCUUGGCGCUGUCCCCGGUGCCCCGGGUGGGUGAGCAGGACUCUGGGUCUGUCCGACCGGGAUGGUGCCUGCAUCGUCCCCCAGCCCGGUCAGCCCAGCGGCCUGGCCGGCCCCACAAGUGACCGCCAAUGUGGGAGCAGCCACCUGGGCCCCUCCCUGCAGGUCCUCCACGCUCGUCCGUCCUGGAGCCUGCAGACCUCUCACUGCCAGUGCUGGGAAGCAGGCCCUGGGAAGAUCGCGCAUCCCUGCCCGGGGCGCUCCUGGCUGCCGCUGCCGACCUUGAAGGCAGAGCGUGGAGGCAGCCCUACACACUUGGCACAUGGGCCUGGGAAAUCUGUGGGGCCUGUGACUCCAGGGCUUGCGGCCCUUCCUACCUCUUGGAAGCUUCUAGAUUCGUCAGGGCAGGGGCCGACAGUGCAGGCAAAGGAGAAGUGUGGCCCCCGGGGCCUGUUGGAAGCCAGGUUUGGGGGUGGUGGCGGCAGGUGCCCCUGCUCACGGACCCAGCGCUCUCCCAUCUUGAGGGGGGUCAGUGGCAAAGGUGUCCUGGUUCCUUCUCAGGGGGGUCCCUGACUGCCGCGUCUGCCUGUGGGCCGGGGUCGGUGAUCUCUGACCUCUCCACCCUCCACGGGGCUGUCCCCACUGCCGCCGGCACCCCAUGCCUGGAGACCCAGGAGUGUGGGUGGAGCCCCAGGCUGAAGGCUGUGGGGGACCAGUCUGGCCUGCUCUCCUUUCCCGGGGUGGUGCAGUGGAGCUCCCGAAUGUCAGGGUUUGCCCGUGUGUCCCAACCCCUGCCUCUGCCACUCAUUGGCUCCGCUGGGGAGCCCGACGUGUUUGACAGGCCCCAGACAAGACGCAAGGAGAGGGGGCGGCGGUGUGGCCCGUGCACCCAGCCGGUGGGCACGCCCGGGUCCCUUUAUAGUUUGAGGCGGGCCCUGGGUGGCCGUGCUGGGUUCUCGCCCACCACGGGGCCUGGCUCAUGGGGGCACUGGGGAUGCCUCCUCUCCUCUCUGCCUGUGCCCGCCUCACUUCGGAACCUGCGUGGUGGGGCUCUGGAUGACGACAUUCGGUUCUUUGCAGGGGCCUGCGCUCCCUGGCAGGGCCCCGGACCUUGGGGUGUCCUGAGCCCCCCACAGCCCGGCUCGCUGUCCCUCCCCACGGUCCCCUCCCUCUUGUUUCUUUUCUCUCUUCUCUCUGCUUUUCUCGAUAAAUGCGCAUUCAGUGCUGCUAUGGGGGGGCUGGGACCGCACUGCCGGGGUCAGGGGUCAGGGCGCGGCCCGCGGGCUCCUGCUCGGUCUCCCGGGCUGAGUCGAGCUGGGGGCAGGGCUGCCGUCACAGGGGAGGUGUGGGGUCCCCGGCCCAGCCCACUGGCUGCUGGCAGAAGGCGGUUCUCGGCAGCUGGGGGCCUGAGGCCUCUGUUCUUGCUGACCGUCGGCAGCUCCCGGCCGGUGCCUGCAGCCACUCGGAGCCGGUCCACCCCUCCUUCCUCAUCUCUGCACUCCAGCCUGCCUGAUUAGGACAGGCCCACCCACUCUGGGGCCGACUGAGCACCUGCCGCCCACAGCCCCCAUGUCCAGGCCGCCUCUGUCCCGAGUCUUACACUUCAGAGCUUGGCCCCGUCCCUUUCCUGCCCCUGGAAAAUUCCCUGCUCUGGGAGGUUUGCCAGAAUGAAAGGGAUCGAAAACACUGGCAUGUGGGGGGUGGGGGCGGUCGGAUUGACUAAGCCGGAGAGUGGCCCCAAGUUGCCUGGCCACCCAAACUGCCCCGCCUUGCCUGGCCGCGCUGCGGAUUUCUCUGGCCCGGGUCCAGGGCUCCUGGUGCCGGGCAGCGGAGCAGGGGCGGGAAGGGGGCGUUCUGGGUCACCGCAUCACCCCACCUCGUCCGCAGCCUGGUCGCCCCGCCCCACGUCCCGAUUCCCCACAUGCUCUCACCCUGCGCUGCAGAGCGCCCUGUGGCCGGGGACGGGACUGACCGAGCUCGGGGUCACCGGCCCUCUGUGUGUCAGGGCGCCCUGGGAGCUCCUGACAUGAGCUGCCUGGGCCGCUCAGGGGGUGGGGGAACGAGCGGGGAACCGCGGGCUGCUGGCUGGCCCGGCUCUCCCCGUGGCGGGAAGCAAACCCGGCUGUUUCAGUGUUGGUUGGACUGGGCCCUGGGGGGGUGUCCCUGAGUUUGUGUCGUGUGUGGGGGCUUCUAGGAGGCAAGGCAGUCCUUCCGUGCGCUUCCCAGCCCCAUGUCUGUGCAGCUUGCUGGACGGCCGUUGCUGUUUUCUCGUCUUGUGAUUGUUCGUGUAAGUUCUGCCUAGACGUGGGUCGGUGCUGUGCCAGGCUUCAGAAGGGACGCGCUGCAUUGGGGUGCUCGCGCUGCGUUGGGGUGCUCCCACUAGCCGAAGCCAGACUCAGCCUGGUGGAGACAGGAGAGGGGACCCGCUGGCCCUUGCGGGGGCGUUCUGGAGGUGGUGCAGGUCUCAGGGGAGGUCACCGCUGGUCAGGUCCCUCUCCCUGCUCAGCCCCCUGUGGCUGCUGUCCCUUCACCAAGUGGCUGUGCUGGGACUCCGCUGGCCCUCCCUUGCCGGCUUGGAGACCCUCUCUCUGGAGGGGGGACCUUGCUGAUGGCCACCCAGUCCCUUCCACGGGACCUCCGGGCCCACAACAUCUGAGUGGGUGGUACCGGGUAGGGUGGGGUGGCUCGUCCAGUCGGGGCUCCCCCACAUGGGGUCUCACAGCAGGAAGCGUAGCCUUUCCCUCUCCUUGGGGUAAGCUCCUGACGGGCGAGGAGUCGUAGGUGGCGUCGCUGAUGGCUGGCUGGCCGCAGGUUUUCUGCUCGGCUCAGGGCUUGAGCUGGAGGCCGGUGUUUGCUAGGGCUUCCGAGGAGGCCUGGGAGGGAGGAACCUGGAGCCGCUCUCCGCAGGAGGUCAGCUUCGGGUUGGGACUAGAACCUGUGAUGCGUCGGCCAGGCACCCGGGGGGCCUUGCCUGGGUUUCUGGUUGCCAUGGGAGGGUCCUGUUCUCUGUGAGCUGGACUGAAGCCUGCAGUGGGCCGGGACGAUCCUUGACCAGGUGGCUCUGGAAGCAGAGCCCAAGUCGGGAUUCUCAUCCUGCUGCCCUGAGAAGGUGGGAGGGCAGAGGGGGUAGCCGGGACGUGGGCCCGGCUGGCACAGCAUCUGCCUGCCCCCCCCUCCCCCGAGCUCUGGAGCACGUGAGCCUCAGAGCCGGGCCCAUCCCGAGGCUGGGUCCUGUUGUUUGGACUGGUCCUGUCCCCGCCCCGGUUCCAUCACUGGCUGUGACGUGGGCAGGACCGUGGUGAGGACGUUCGAGGUGUGGGGGCCGUGCCAGGAACGGGGUGGAGGGUGCCAGAGGCCGGACCGGCUGCAGGAUGUGUGGGGUCCUCUUUAAAGUCAGGCAGAAGUCCCCUGGGGGGGUGCCUGGGUGGCUCAGUGGGUUAAAGCCUCUGUCUUCGGCUCAGGUCAUGAUCCCAGGGUCCUGGGGAGCCUGCUUCCUCCUCUCUCUCUCUUUGCCUACUUGUGAUCUCUGUCUGUCAAAUAAUUAAAAUCUUCAAAAAGAAAAAAAAGGUGGCACCUGGGUGACUCAGUCGGUUAGGCGUCUGCCUGCAGCUCAGGUCAGGAUUCCGGGGUCCGGGAUCGAGGCCUGCGUCGGGUUCCCUGCCCAGUGGGGAGCCUGCUUCUCCUUCUGCCUUUCUUUUUCUCUCUGUGUCCCGUGAAUAAAAUCUUUAAAGUAAGAUUUUUAAAAAUGUUUAAAAUAAAUACAUACAUAAAUAAAACCACGCAGAAGUAA